GGGCUCUGCAGUGUCCCAGGUGCUAAUGUGACCUUCCUUCCCUUGCAGAACCCAGCUGCCAAGGCUGUCGUGUUAUGACGACCCCCAACAAAGGAAACAAGGCCUUGAAGGUGAAGAGGGAGCCGGGCGAGAAUGGGACCAGCCUGACAGAUGAGGAGCUGGUGACCAUGUCUGUGCGCGAGCUGAACCAGCACCUGCGGGGCCUGUCCAAGGAGGAGAUCAUCCAGCUGAAGCAGCGCCGGCGCACGCUCAAGAACCGCGGCUACGCGGCCAGCUGCAGAGUGAAGCGUGUCACCCAGAAGGAGGAACUGGAGAAGCAGAAGGCAGAGCUGCAGCAAGAAGUGGAGAAGCUGGCCUCAGAGAACGCCAGCAUGAAAAUGGAACUUGAUGCUCUCCGCUCCAAAUACGAGGCCCUGCAGAACUUCGCCAGAACCGUGGCCCGGAGCCCCGUGACCCCUGCACGGGGGCCUCUCACCUCCAGUAUGGGGCCCCUCGUCCCUGGCAAGGUGGCUACCACCAGUGUCAUCACAAUAGUGAAAUCCAAAACGGACGCCCGGUCUUAGUGAAGCGAGCGUUGCCUGAGCUUGUCUGUGCAGGGCAGUUAGGCACAAAACCAGCCUGGAAUCCCCAAAGCACAAGCCCUCCCCACAUGGGUCCGGGUUCCUUUGACUUGGCCCAGGACUGGCCUGCUGAUCGCUCCAGUUUAUUUUGUUGUGUCCAGAUUGGUAUGAGCAGUGGUGAUGCAUCCCUUGUCCUGUGCAGACAGAGCUUCCCACCCAGCAGUCUGUAGCCCUCGGAUGCCCUGGGGACAGGCUGUGAGAUUUUGGUUUUCUACCCAAAGAAAAUCUGUGCAGCAUGGCUGAGAGAAGGAUGGAGGAGUGGCCCAAGGAAAGCUUUCUUCCUGGGGGCUGGGAACCCUUAUUUUCAGUUACUUCCAAAGGCUUUAUUCCAUGACUCUUCCAGGUGGUGCAUCUCAGCGCCUGAACCUGCUGCUUUUGUCUCCUUUGGUACCUGUAGUUACAGUUGGAGUGUUCUGUGUCCUAGGUUUUAUUCCUUUCUAGGUGUGCCUCUGUGCCCUAGCCGUGGGUGUCCCUCGGGCCGUGCCGUUGGCUGUGUGAGCUGGCAGUGCUGGGGGACGGCGCUGCCGCUUUCGGAGCCCCCGCAGGGAGGGAGGGAGGGAGGAAGGAAGGAAGGAAGGAGGGAGGCAGCAGCAGGACUGUGUGGACUGCAGGCCGGUUUUGUGCCUAAUGUGUUGCACUGAACAAGACCAAAAUCACUAGUUGUUCCCGUGUUUCGAGGGUAUCAAGUGUCUCUAGUGUGAUGGUUUACACAACCAGUUUAUGUGGUUAAAUAGCCCUUUAUUUAAAGAGAGAAACAUCAUUUUAAGAAUUAUUAAAUUAUCUAAGUUUAAAAUUGGACAGAAGAGAGAGCGUAUUUAUAGUCAGCUUUUUUACCUGAGAAGGCGAGAAUAUUUGACCAUAUGAGUGGGGAAAUAUUCUCAGAGACUUUGCUAGUUAAAAGUUAAUAAAUAAAUAAUUUUAAAGUUUCUCAUGAA